UGUCGUGAGUAAGUCCCAGUGAAGGUUAAGUAUGCGAGCAUGUAGCUCUUAAUCCUAAUUAGGAUAACGUUAUCGGCCGACAAAAAAGUUACAGAUGCAUGAGUUCCAUCAACAUCGUCGGGUGACAGAUCAUGGUUUCGGGCAGAAAUUAUAGAACCACCACCUCGAUUUCAAAAGAUAAAAUGGCGAACCUUUGCGAAGGGAGACAACUCUCCGAGUGCUUUACAUGUACUUUUGCCAGCCUUAGAUUUUAUGCAUCCUAUGGGUCCCUGAGAGAGUGGCAUCAGCUCAAUGCCCAGAUUGUACGGGCGAGAUAAAAAGAAUUGAUACCGCAGGCAAAUGCCACAGUUGUUUCCCUUGUCCUGAAUGCAUUGAAGGAUAUUCAACUUCGUCUGUACCUUGUGAGACCACUGUUCCUUAUGAGACAGAUAUUCAUUGUGUUGAAAUCAAACAGCAACCUCGGGAAAGCUCACAAACAAGCUAUGUGAUUUUUGCAUCUGGAACAGUCACCUCUCGUUCCGAGAUUAUUGCCACCACCACAAAUUUGGUAAUUUCUGCCACUAGCUCCAUGGUUCAGGCUGGUUCCAGCAUUAUAUUAAAUGGAGAAUCAAAGUCAACGGAAGACCCAAACACUACUAACAGAUUGCCACCAUUAGGCAGUUAUUCAAACUGGAAGAGGCAGACUACUAUUUACAUAUUAGGUGGAAUAACGUUAGUUAUCGUAUUGCUGGCUAUCAUGUUUAGAUUUCGAAAAAAAAGUAAAAGUCGAUCAGAAGAAACUACAGCUGAUGCCCUCUCUUCUGUCCAUCCCCAUCCAGUCCAGUCAGUGUCACAUCAAGAUGCUGAAGCCUGCCAUAUUGACCCUGCAACAAGGCGUGCUGUUUAUCAACAUGGCCAUUCAAGUGAGGUGGGAGACUACUCCUUCUUGGACACAUCGUCAGAUUGGACUGGUGGGACAGAAAAUAUUGGUUCAGACAGAGUUGAGGUAGUAGCACAACUUCCAGGAACUCCUUCUUGCAUUGAUGAAACACCAAGGGAUUUAAACCCACCAACUGACAGGAACACAUCAUGUCCAAACUUUAUACUUGGUCUGAUGCUUGGCCCCAUGGUUUUCCAGCAGCCUCAAAACCAGUUUCUAUCACCUGAAUUGUGGCCUCAAUCCCUUAUCAAUGUUGUGAGAAAUUGUCCUGUCAAUAUGAGUGUGCAAUCAAUGAGAGCUGUCAACUGGUCAGUGUUAACACAGAGAGAAAAGUACAAUGCCAAGAUUUUACAAAUGCCAUUCCAGCUUUUGUAUAAUAUUUGUUUGUCACUCGACAUACCAAGAAGAGAUGGCAAAGACAAAAGACUCCUUGCAGAGAAGCUAGGACUUACGAUACCUCAGUUUGAGGUUCUUCAACAGGCAACAAAGACACAGAAUGUUCUUGAUCCUGUUAGUUAUGUUCUACUAAGAGAAAGAUUUUCUGCAGUAAAACCCAAAGGAACUGUGGGGGAUUUUGUAGACAUAUUAAAGGAGAUGGAAAGGGAUGACAUGGUCAGUGAGAUCAAUGAAUGGUCUGAAUUACAACAAACUCCUGACCAAUAACACAGAGGGUGAUCUAAUAACCUUUUUUGGUGGGUUUUAAAACUAUAUCCUUGUUAGGUUUAUACUAAACCACAUUCUUAUAAAUAACAGUAAGAGUAUUUUUGUUGUGUUCUCCAAACAUGCCACAUAAAUUAGUAUAAAGAAAUGUUGAGGUCAAUUCAUUGUCUCACCUGUAACCCCAUUAGCCCUCUGACGUGAGCAUGAUUAUUUGAUCCUAAGUGGAUACUGAUAAAUCAUUUUAUGUCAAGUACUGUGUUUUGAUGAUUACCUAUCUCACUUUCUUCUGAGAUAUUUGUUCACUGAAAAGCUGUGCAACUGAACUAUUUUGUAGCUACUCUUUAGAUUCAAUUGUUUAAUCAAAAAUUCAGUGAGAUACAAUGAAAUAUAUGAAGUUCAUAUAUUUUGUACUGCAGUAUUAGA